AUGAAGCACGCUAUAAUAUGGCCGUACAUCCAACGUAUCUGGACGACUUUUAAGGUGUUUAAGAUUUCAUUGUUGUACAUGGACGAGUUGAAAGUGUUAAGGCAAUUCGAUGAUGGCUUUUACAAAUACGACACUGUUAAUAAACUGAACUACGGAAUAAACGAUGUGAGAGGUUAUCCGUUAAAAGUAGUGAUAUUUCCGAGGAUACCGUCCAUAGUAUACUAUGGUAACAAAUGGAUUGGACCUGAUUGGGAGACGUUGAAUUCAUUCACGAAAAGAUUGAAUUUCACUCUUAAAAUGUUCUUGUAUACCGAGGAAUCCGGAUUCGGAAGUUUUGAGAACGAUACGUAUACCGGCGUAUUGGGAGAAGUAGCUUAUAACCGCGCGGACGUGUCAUUUAACAGCCGUUUCCUGGACGACCCGAUGAUCGAAAAACCGUACCGGUAUUCAAAGACCAACCAUCUGGACUCGAUAUGCUUUGUGGUUCCACAGGCGAAGUCUUUGACUAAAAUGCAAAUUGUGUGGAAAACUUUCACGUUCGAGGUGUGGCUGUGUAUGGCCGUCACCUACGUGAUGAUGAUCAAUUAUUUUCAAUUUUUCAACAAAUAUUCGUAUAAUUUACAGAACGAAAGAAAGAUUUCUGACCCAUUCAUGACCAGUCUGCAGGUGGUUCUGGGUAUGGGCGUGUGUAGUCUGCCGAAACACGUGGCUGGUCGUCUGCCGUUCGUGUCGUGUUCGGCCGCUUUCUUCGUCAUCGUUAGUCUGUUCCAAGCAUCUAUGGUGACCAGGCUAAGCACGGACACCGUACAGAAGGAGAUUGACACGCUCGAGGAGCUCGACCAGAGUGGUUUAGAGAUCCGCACCUCGCUGAAAGCCGUCCGCGACUCGUUGGCAAUGUACUCGUACACGAAAUCGCUCUCGGACAAAAUCGACUUGGAGAAGGACCGGCGGUACUCGGUCGGGUCGAACUUCGUCUUCAUGUCGAGAAUCAUGAAUUGGGACCUCAGUAAGCUGUCCAAUUACAUCGGUUAUUUCGAUAACAAAAGCAUUGCGUUGCACGUAGUGCGGGAGUGUCCGCUAAGAUACUAUUUAACUUAUCCCGUUUCAUUGGACUUUCCGUUUCUGGAUGAGCUCAAUGACCUUCUCAUACGUCUUCAAGAGGCGGGACUUUCUAGUAAGUGGAGAGCAGAUAUCCAAAAAGUUGAACAAGAAUAUUAUAAACCAUUGAAUACUAACACGUCAAAAGUGUUAAAGGCCUAUUCAAUGAAGGAUUUAUGUCAAAUUAAAUGUGCAUAGUUGACAAUUGUAAAAUGAAA